AUGACGUUGUUAGGAGGGCCCUUACCAGCAGUGGUGGCUGGACUCUGUGGUUUUGCUGCGCUGGGGAUUGCCAUCUACCAGAUUGUGAUGCACCUCAGGCACUACACAAGGCCUGUAUUUCAGAGGUACAUCGUGCGGAUCAUCUUCUUGGUGCCACUGUAUGCGCUCAUGUCGUUUCUGUCCCUCCUCAUGGAGGAGAAUUCUGUGUACUUUGGCUCCAUUCGGGAUUGCUAUGAAGCAUGGGUGAUCUACAACUUCCUUUCCCUCUGUCUUGCCUACGUUGGAGGUCCUGGCUCUGUGGAGGUGAAGAUGAAUGGCUAUGUGAUGAACCCGUCCUGGCUCUACUGCACAUGCUGCAUGCCGCCGCUGCCAGUCAAUGGAGCCUUUGUGCGCAUGUGCAAGCGCGGCGCCCUGCAGUUUGUGUUCUUGAAGCCCGUGAUAGCAGUCAUCACAGUAGUGCUCUACACCCAGCAUAAGUACACAGAGGGAUACUGGGGCGCCAAUGAUGGGUACUUGUGGAUCACAAUAAUCUACAAUGUGACAUACACACUGGCGCUCUAUGCCUUACUGCUCUUCUACAUGGGCACGCAUGAGCUGCUGGCGCCUUUCAAUCCGCUCCUGAAGUUUGCAGUAGUCAAAGCUGUGGUCUUUCUCACUUUCUGGCAGGGGCUCUUUAUUGCCAUUCUUCAGGUGGCAGGCUCAAUACAAACAGUGGAGGAUGGCAAGAACUUGCAGAAUUUGUUAAUCUGCCUUGAGAUGCUUCCAGCUGCCCUGGGCAUGCUGUGGGCCUUCCCAUACACAGAGUACAAAGGCACAGGGGCAAAUACUGGGCUGGGCUUGGAGAACAUGAGGCAUGUGAUCAGCAUCCACGAUGUGGUGUCCGACACAAUGCACCAAUUCGCUCCCACCUACCACAACUAUGUGCUCUACUCCAAUGGUGGCUCCAAGGAGGCUCCCAAAACGGUGAGCAGCUGCUUGACCUGGAUCUCAUUAAAAAACUUGAGUCAAAUUUCAUCGCAUGCUGAGGACAGCAUGCACUAG